UUGAAGGAGUUCUGUUGAGGACAAGAGAAGAGGCUUUUAUUCCAAAGAUGAUGUGGCUGAUCAUGAAGGUUUUCCUCUUGCAAAUUUUAGUGUUUCAACUUUUUGGUGGUGACAUCCGUUGCCAAGCUUCAAUCCGUCGGCAUACUUUUGUGGUGAGGGAAGCUUCAUAUACAAGGCUUUGUAGUACCAAGGACAUCUUAACAGUAAAUGGACAAUUUCCGGGACCAACUAUACAUGCUAUGAAAGGAGAGACGAUCAUUGUCGACGUUUAUAAUAGGGGAAAAGAAAAUGUCACCAUUCACUGGCAUGGCGUGAACAUGCCUAGAUAUCCAUGGACAGAUGGUCCCGAGUAUAUCACACAAUGCCCAAUUCAGCCCGGGUCAAAGUUUAGUCAGAAGAUCAUCCUUUCCUCUGAGGAAGGCACUUUAUGGUGGCAUGCUCACAGUGAUUGGACCCGAGCCACCGUUCAUGGAGCUAUAAUUGUCUAUCCCAAGAAUGGAACCAAGUAUCCUUUUCACAAACCUAACGCAGAAUUUCUCAUCAUAUUAGGACAAUGGUGGAAGAGUGAUGUGAAUGUGGUUCGAGAUGAUGUGCUUGCAAGCGGAGCUGAUGUCAAUGCCUCUAAUUCUUUAUUGAUAAAUGGACAACCUGGUGAUCUACUUCCAUGCUCAAAAUCAGGCACAUUCAAGAUAACGGUGGAUCAUGGAAAUACCUAUCUACUUCGCAUAAUCAAUGCUGCCUUGCACGAGCCUCUUUUUUUCUCCAUUGCCAAGCAUAAAAUGACAGUGGUUGGAACAGAUGGUAGCUACACAAAACCAUUGACACAAGAUUAUAUCACAAUAUUUCCUGGCCAAACCUUCGAUGUCUUACUAGAAGCUAACCAACGCCCGGAUCACUAUUACAUGGCGGCUAUAACUUAUUCUGAAGCCCCGACAGGUCUUAAUAUUUAUGAUAACACAACCACCACAGCUAUUGUACAAUACAGGGGAUACUACACUCCAUCUUCACCUCCCUUCUUGCCUCACUUACCUGCAUACAAUGACACAAAUGCAACGCUUCAGGUUAUGGCCAACCUCCGAAGCUUAGUAGAUGCGGAACAUCCUUGCAAUGUCCCAUUGAGCACGAGCACUAACCUAUUUUACACCGUUUCUUUAAACUCGUACCCAUGCAUUAAUGAUUCAUGUUCAGGGGUCAAUGGGACACGGUCCGCUUCAAGUAUAAACAACAUAAGCUUCCAUACCCCUACAAUUGACAUACUGGAAGCUUACUAUUAUAACAUCAGUGGUGUAUAUGGAGAUAAAUUUCCUAGCGUUCCACCACAGGUGUUUGAUUUUACAGGUGAUUAUCUUCCAUUACUCUAUCAGUUGCCGAGCACCGGAACAGAAGUAAGGGUGCUCGAGUAUAACUCCACAGUGGAGAUUGUUUUUCAAGGGACAAACUUGGUUGGAGGGACAACCCACCCUAUUCAUCUCCAUGGACACAGUUUCUAUGUUGUUGGGUGGGGACUUGGGAAUUUUGAUGAAAAUAAGGAUCCUUUGCGCUACAAUCUGGUGGAUCCUCCCCAUCAGAAUACCAUCUAUGUUCCUAGGAAUGGUUGGGCUACAAUCAGAUUCAAGGCAUCCAACCCUGGAGUGUGGUUCAUGCAUUGCCAUAUAGAACGCCAUCAAAGUUGGGGCAUGGAAACUGCGUUCAUAGUGAAAAAUGGUAAACACCCAGAAGCUCAAAUGUUGCCUCCUCCAUCCGACAUGCCGCCAUGUCAUGAAACGGUGAGAGAAGCUUCAUAUACAAGGCUUUGUAGCACCAAGGACAUCUUAACAGUAAAUGGACAAUUUCCGGGGCCAACUAUAUAUGCUAUGAAAGGAGAGACGAUCAUUGUCGACGUUUAUAAUAGGGGAAAAGAAAAUGUCACCAUUCACUGGCAUGGGGUGAACAUGCCUAGAUAUCCAUGGACAGAUGGUCCCGAGUAUAUCACACAAUGCCCAAUUCAGCCAGGGUCAAAGUUUAGUCAGAAGAUCAUCCUUUCCUUUGAGGAAGGCACUUUAUGGUGGCAUGCUCAUAGUGACUGGACCCGAGCCACCGUUCAUGGAGCUAUAAUCGUCUAUCCCAAGAAUGGAACCAAGUAUCCUUUUCACAAACCUAACGCAGAAUUUCUCAUCAUAUUAGGACAAUGGUGGAAGAGUGAUGUGAAUGCAGUUCGAGAUGAAGGGCUUGCAACCGGAGCUGAUGCCAACGCCUCUGAUUCUUUAUUGAUAAAUGGACAACCCGGUGAUCUACUUCCAUGCUCAAAAUCAGGCACAUUCAAGCUAACGGUGGACCAUGGAAAGACCUAUCUACUUCGCAUAAUCAAUGCUGCCUUGCAGGAGCCUCUCUUCUUCUCCAUUGCUAAGCAUAAAAUGACAGUGGUUGGAACAGAUGGUAGCUACACGAAACCAUUGCCACGAGAUUAUAUCACAAUAUUUCCUGGCCAAACCUUCGAUGUCUUAUUAGAAGCUAACCAAUGCCCGGAUCACUAUUACAUGGCAGCUAGAACUUAUUCCGUUGCCCCGACAGCUAGUAAUUUUUUUGAUAACACAACCACCACAGCUAUUGUACAGUACAGGGGAUACUACACUCCAUCUUCACCUCCUUCCUUGCCUCAUCUUCCUGCAUACAAUGACACAAAUGCAUCGGUUCAGGUCAUGGCCAGCCUCCGAAGCUUAGCAGAUGCGGAACAUCCUUGCAAUGUCCCAUUGAGCAUGAGCACUAAACUGUUUUACACUAUUUCUAUAAACUCGUACCCAUGCAUUAAUAAUUCAUGUUCAGGGGCCAAUGGGACGCGGUCUGCCGCAAGUAUAAACAAUAUAAGCUUCCAUACCCCUACAGUUGACAUACUGGAAGCUUACUAUUAUAACAUUAGUGGUGUAUAUGGAGAUAAAUUUCCUAGCGUUCCACCACUGGUGUUCGAUUUUACAGCUAAUUAUCUUCCAUUACUCUAUCAGUUACCGAGCGCCGGAACAGAAGUAAGGGUGCUCGAAUAUAACUCCACAGUGGAGAUUGUUUUUCAAGGGACAAACUUGAUUGCAGGGGUAACCCACCCCAUACAUCUCCAUGGACACAGUUUCUAUGUUGUUGGAUGGGGAUUUGGGAAUUUUGAUGAAAAUAGGGACCCUUUGCGCUAUAAUCUGGUGGAUCCUCCCCUUCAGAAUACCAUCUCUGUUCCUAGGAAAGGUUGGGCUACAAUCAGAUUCAAGGCAUCCAACCCUGGAGUGUGGUUCAUGCACUGCCAUGUAGAACAACAUUUGACUUGGGGCAUGGAAACUGCAUUCCUAGUGAAAAAUGGUAAACAUCCAGAAGCUCAAAUGCUACCUCCUCCAUCCGACAUGCCGCCAUGUUGA